GGCGUUUGCAGUGAAUCUAUUCGGUGUGCUUUAAGUGAGCAUCCAGUUCCUCUUUGCAGUUUCUUUCCCUCUCUCCACCUUCUUACCUCCUAGUACUCUUCCAUCCACCACAGGCUGUUUAUCGUCCACCAUGUCUUUUCUAAAUGAUCUUUGCGUCUAUCUCAACUCGGCUGCGUGGAAGACCUCCCUUGUUUUAGCAAUCACUCUCGUCGUCUGCUUCUUCUUCCAUCGCUAUGCCAUCGCCCCUUUGACUGAUGAGCUCGCCAGACUGCCCACAGUCCGAUACCGAUGGUUUCUCCCCGACGCCCUCAAUCGAAUCGCGUUCUACUUUUACGGACGCAAUCAAAUCGCUCAAGGUUACAGAGAGUACAAGGAACGUGCAUUCCGGCUCCUUACCACGGACGGUGACUUGGUUGUUUUGCCGCUCAAGUAUCUAUGGGAGAUCGAGCAGUUGCCCAUGACCACGCUGAGCGCUACUAGAGCACGACAUAAGACUCUCCUGAGCGAGUACACUGGCCUAGUCAGUGGGAGUACAAAUGUAUCUCGUGCAGCGGCAGAGAUGAGCCAGCAGAGUCAUCAGCACAUUGCUAUGCAGUUCAACGAUGAAGUUCACAAGGCGCUGUACGUCGAAGUCCCAAGAUGUCAGUACAAAUGGAUGCCCGUCAACCUGUACAAACUAGUCCUCAGGCUCAUCAGCCGCGCCACCGCCCGCUUCACCGUGGGCGAAGAGCUCUACCUGAACGAGCUCUGGCUCGAAACAGUCCCCAGCUACACAAGCGACAUCCUCACAACCAUCAUACUCCUGCGUCCCGUACCCCAGUUCCUACGAGCGCUCGUCGCCCGACUUCUUCCCAGCCUCCGCCGGGCCCGCGCAAGAGCGCGCUGGGCCCAGACCGAGCUGCUCAUCCCCACGAUCCAAUCGCGCCAACACAAGGAAGUCCACGACAGUGCCUACCAAAAGCCGCAGGACCUCAUACAGCGGAUAAUGGACAUGGCCACGACGAACUUCGACCGAGACCCAGCCAACAUCGCCAAAGCGCUGAUGUCGACCAUCACGAUCUCGAUCGUCCACCCGCUCACCAACCUCGUCACGCACGCUGUCUACGACGCUCUCACCCAGGGCCAGGGCCAGCAGAUAAUCGACGCGCUCCGGACAGAAACCGAGAGAAUCCUAUCCCUCCUCGAACACGAUGACGAAUUCGGUCUAAUCCCCCGCCCACACCAAUGCCUCAUGGACAGUUUUCUCCGAGAAGUCCUGCGCUGGAACCCGCUGAGCGAACGUAACACCGAACCCCUAACCCUCCCCGCAUUCACCCAAAUCACCUUCCCAGCGGGCCCUUUCUCCCGCGACGCAGCCAUAAUCCCGCACGCCGAGCGCUUCCACCCCUUCCGGUGGACCCGCGACCCCCUCGAGGUCCUCCCGCUUCUCCGCCCGGACACGAUCGACCCGCGGCUCCGCAGGGCCGUCGCCUUCGACACCGGUCUGGCAGACUCCAGCCCAGUCAAUCUGCACUUCGGGUGGGGGAAGGACCGCGCCGCCGCGGCGGGUGCGUGUCCCGGCCGACAUCUUGCGGCGCGCUUGGCGGCUAUGGCGCUGAGCGGUCUGCUUUUGCGGUAUGAUCUGCGGCUGUUUCCGGGGGAGAGGAGGCGCAGACCUGUGAAUUUGGGGGCGGGGGAGUUGGUCUUUCCCAACCCUGGGGUGAGGGUUUUGGUGAGGGAGAGAGGGGAGGGGGGAUCGAUUGGGGUUUUUGGGGUUUGAGGUGGUGUUUGGGGGGUGGAUGGAGAUAAAUAUGGAGUUUGUAGAAGGUUUGCGAGGAUGGGAGGGGGGUUGGAGUGUGAGACGCUGGAUGCAUUUUGUCGUUGUAGUGGUUUUGUAAGAUAUGUGUAUUGAGGAGAAGGAGAUGCAUCAUCGAGUAAGGAGGGGUGGGGUGGGGUGGCUGUUGUGAGGGUUGGGGUUCCGCUGGGUAUGGGCAAGGGCAAGUCAAUGUCUCCGUUGUUUCCGCUUUGAAGCA